AUGCACCGAGAAGUCUAUGAAGCCGUCUCCGGAGAUGAGAUCUACGGCCCCGGAACCUUCAUCGACAAGAACCCGCUACCAGUCCCCAAAGAUGCUCGUCGUGUAUUCGAACUUCUCGCAUUGAAAACUCCUGGCUUCACUAAGGACAAAGCAGCAUGGAACACUGUGCAGUUCGAAGGUCGUCCGGACCAUAUGAUCCCAGGACCGAUUAAAGCACCAGUUGUGGCGGCCGCUUUGCACGGUAUGGCCGGCCUGGUCGCGAAUGAACUCCUCGAGCUACGCGAUGGGAAGCGUGUUACGGAAAAUAAUGUGAAAGUCGAUACGGAUCAUGCGGGAAUCUGGCUCGGGUCUGUGUUCACAACGUACAUUAACGGGUCUGACCUCAUGGCCCUAGUGACAUCGAAGAAAAUGGACAGUUUAUUUGAACGGGACUUCGAUCAUGGUUUUGGUAAGGGUAUCUCGGGUCGGGUGACGGCGAUCUACCAGACAAAGGAUCCCCGCGUCUGGUACCAGUUGCACGGCUCACUGGACGCGAAUACGGCCCUUCGAACAAUGGGUAUCAACCCCGACGUUACCUUCGACACAGCCCAGGGGUACUACGACUACAUCCAAGACCAUAUUCGUCAAUGGAGCCCCGACGAGCUCGAGAUGCACAACGUACGCCAUGGUCUCUGCGGAAGCAUCUGCUACUCGCCGAAAGGUUGGAGAGAAACUGAAUUUGGGAAGAGGUUGGCAGAGCAUCCAUUGGUGAAUGUUUCCCAGGAGACGUAUGCUAGCCCUACGCCGCCUGUGCCUUUGCCAUUGCCCAGCGAUGAUCGGAGACCACUGGCGGGUGUGAAGGUGCUAGAGAUGGUUCGCAUUAUCGCGGGUCCGCAGUGCGGGUGCCUUCUUUCGUCUUAUGGAGCGGAUGUGAUCAGAGUGAACUGCAGCAGACUUGCAGAUCUCAACGUACUACAACUCACCCUCAAUGCCGGGAAGCGCACCAUAGACCUCGACAUUACCAAACCCUCCGACCUAGCCCGUCUUCUCGACAUUGUCUCCGAAGCCGACAUCUUCGUCCAAGGAUUUCGCCCCGGCACCCUCGACCGCAAAGGUCUAGGUUUAAAAAACAUGCUCGAAAUCGCCGCAAAGCGCAACAAGGGCAUAAUCUACAUUGAUGAGAACUGCUACGGACCUAAUGGCCCAUUCCACGAACGUCCCGGAUGGCAGCAGAUUGGUGAUGCUGCAUCUGGUAGUUCUUAUGUCAUGGGAAGGUCGCAGGGAUAUGAGGAGGGGAAGAGUGUGUUGCCACCGCUGCCGAUUUCUGAUAUGGUGACUGGGUUGGUUGGUGCGUUGGCGGGAAUGAUUGCGCUGAGAGAGCGUGCUGUGAAAGGCGGGUCGUAUAGUGUUACCAGCUCGUUGGUUGCUGCUGAUACGAUCUCGCUUGAGAAGGAGGUUGGAUUGUAUCCUCCCGAGGUGGUGAAGGAGACUUCUGAGCGGUGCGGGUUCAAGGAGAUCACGCCGGAUCAGUAUGUCUCGGAUGUUCUAGUCAAUGUGGUCUUGGGGUGGAAGAAGGGACUGCCGGGGUAUUUGGAUGAGGAUUCAUCAUUGAUGACGACUUUUGAGGAGGGAACAUGGGGCAAGCAGACAUUGCUCAAACCGGUUGUGAGGCUUGGAGAUGAUGAGGCCACGCCAAAGUGGACGAGUCCGCCGGUGCCGCAUUGUUACCAUGAUCGGGGUAUCAGUUGGUUUUAA